UGCAUCAUGUUCACGGAGAGCGCAGUCGCCGUUGCCGCGCUCGCAGUCGCGUACGUCUACUGGCGCUUUGGUCGCAAUGCGCCAUUCCUGCCAGGUGUGCCCUUUCCAGCGUCUCUCCACCAGCCCUUCUUGGGUGUCGCCGGGCUCCUCGGCUCAAUCGACGGCUGCGACCGCCUCUUCGCCGACGCUGCGGACGCCAACGGCAUGGUGUCGUUCCGGCUCCUCACGACCAACGCCGUCUCAGUGCUUAAGGCAGCCCACGUGCGUCAAGUCGUGUGUGCGACGAGCUACCGCGAAAUGGUUCCGAUCCUCGGGAACCACUUGCGCAAACUGCUCGGGGGUGCGUCGCUUCUGCUGCUGUCGCGCCACGAGUGGAAAGGCCAUCGGCGGCUCAUUGCCAAGGCCUUCCACUGGCAGAGCCUCGCACAAAUGGUGCUGACGAUGGUGGCAGUCGCCGAAGCGUUCGUCGACGUCGCUCUGCAGACAGCCGGUGGCGCGUCCGUGGAUGUGGCACCGCUGCUCAAGCUCGCGGCGCUCGAUACGAUCGGUCGGUGCGCAUUCGACUACGACUUCGAAGCGCUGGCCAACGGCACGAACGACGUCACGUCCGCCUUUGAGUUUCUUUUGAACGAAGCUAAGCGCCGCGGCUUUGACGACACUCUGCACCCGGCGAGUCUUUGGUAUGACCUCCCGACACCGGCCAACCGACGGUACAAGCGUGAAGCACGCAUCUUGCGCUCAACGCUCGAGUCGAUCGUCGUCGCCCGCAUGUCGGACCAUGCAACAACCAAGCACGACCUGCUUGGGUCGCUUCUCGCUGCGGCCGCCGACGAAUCAAGCGCCGUGACACCGACGACGCUGGCCGACAACCUCCUCACGUUCCUCUUUGCGGGCUUUGACACGGUCGCGAUUGCACUGGCGUACGCGAUGCACCUCCUCUCGACGCACCCGGACGUACAGGCCAAGGCGCUGGCCGAGGUCGAAGCAGUCGUGGGCCGCAGCGGAUCCAUCACAUACGAAGCGAUCGGACGCCUUCCAUACGUGUACGCAGUCAUGACCGAGGCAUUGCGACUCUUCCCACCAGGACCUGGAACGAGCCGGACCUUGGAGGCAGAUCUGGUCCUUGACGGCCAUUCGAUCCCGGCGGGCACGUUGGUCUACUUGCCGAUCUGGGAAAUCAACCGAUCGCGCCUCAACUGGGGUGACGACGCCGAUGCAUUCCGGCCCGAGCGCCACGUGGAAGAAGGAGCGAGCGACGAGAGCUCCUCCGACCGCGCCUUUCGCAUGAUGUCGUUCUCGGCCGGACCGCGCAACUGCGUCGGCAUGCGCUUUGCGAUGCUUGAAGCUGUUGUUGUGCUGGCCACGACGCUACGUCGGUGCACGUUAACGCGCUCGUCGGACGCGCCGCCCGUGACGCCCAAGAUCUCGGGCAUUCUACAAGUGCCAGCCAACGGUGUCUGGGUCCGCGUCGCGCCACUGCCUCCGGGCGCGUAAGAUGUGUGUAAUGAAACUCAG